UUUAAAUCAAAUAGCUGGCACCGUUGCUCCCUUCUUUCCCCAGCUUAUAGCAGAGCAGUUCUUCCUUCAGUCACUUGAAGAAAAAGCAGUUCCGAAAUGGCUAAAGUGAGAUGCCGCGAUCUUCGUACCAAGAAGAAGGAGGAACUCCUUAAACAACUUGAUGAGCUCAAGAAAGAGCUCUCUCAGCUUAGGGUGGCCAAAGUCACAAGCGGAGCUGCAUCCAAACUGUCCAAGAUUCGCGUCGUCCGCAAAUCUAUCGCCCGCGUUCUUAUUGUUAUGAACCAGAAACAAAAGGAGAACUUGCGAAAAGUUUACAAGAAUAAGAAAUACAAGCCCCUGGAUCUCCGCAGCAAGAGAACACGUGCUAUGCGUCGUGCCCUUACCACCGGCGAGAAGGCAAAGAAGACCUCCAAGGAACUGAGGAGGAGCAGGGCAUUCCCCAUGCGCAAAUUCGCAGUCAAGGCUUAAAAUUAUGCUUUGGAUAUCUUUGCUAUCGGGCUCAUUACACUCGAUGUCCGUCAAA